CCGGUAUCAAGGUAUAAGAGGCUGCAGAAGUCAACUUCCGGUCUCUCAGGCGCGCAGUGAAAAUGACGAAGGGAACAUCGUCAUUUGGUAAGAGGCGGAACAAGACCCACACACUUUGCCGGCGAUGUGGGGCUAAGGCAUUUCACCUGCAGAAGUCCACCUGCGGCAAAUGUGCCUACCCUGCCAAGAGAAAGAGGAAGUAUAACUGGAGUGUGAAGGCCAAAAGGAGAAACACAACUGGUACAGGUCGCAUGAGGCACCUGAAGGUGGUGUAUCGCAGAUUCAGGAAUGGAUUCCGCGAGGGGACCACUCCGAAGCCCAGACGUUCAGCAAUGGCUUCCUCCAGCACUGCAUAAACUAUCAGUGUAUCUACACAACAAAUAAAAUUCAAAUUUGCAAAGUU